AAUCGGUCGCCGCGCAUGUGCAGAUCACGUGCACUCAGGCGGCUAAUGGGACUACAAUUCUCAUGGGGGCUUGCGAUAACCGGCGCAUGCGUGGAUCUGUGUGCCAUUGUGUGGGUGAGAAAGAUUCCAGAGAAGAUGCGCAGGGUUAGUAGUCGUAUUUGUGGUGAUGAGGAUGUUGAGCCAGAGGAGCUGGAAACAGAAGGAGAAAGGCAGUUGCAAAAUCUCUUGAAGCACCAGUUAGACACAACAGUAACACUUGAAGAAUGCAUUGCUAAGAAAAAAUGCUUUGCCCCAAGUUCUUUAUACAAGCCAUUUGGGGAGCAGGCAGCAGGAGUGCUGAGUCUGUCGCAGUUUCAGACUCUGCAAGAUGGAGAAGGGGAGGUUGCUGCCCUGAGAGAACUUGGACUAACUGACCGGGAAAUCCAACUCUGGCAAGACAGGGAAUCUCUCGUUAAGUUCUCAGGGCUUGGAGCAGAUCCAGCAGCUGUACAACAAAGACUCCGAGCCAUUGAAGAGAAAAUUGAGGAGCGACAACGGCUUAUGUCAUUGCCACAGAGAUUUUCAGGAAGCAAGCAGCUAAAUAGGAGGGAGAUGGAGAUUGAAAAUGCAAUGUUCCAGGGAACUGACCGCUACACCUUUUUGAAAGCUCUUUAUUACCAAGAUGAAAAGUCCGUAAAAGACCAGAAUGACCCUAUAAAUCAAUUAGAAAUGAUGUUACUAAAGUUUAAAAAUGAUCCAGUCGGAAUGAGGGACACUCCGAAAACCAGACCAGAGUCAUCUAUGGAGAUGCUUGCUACAGCAACAAGUAACGAAGGUACCUUUAAAGAAAUGACUGGUGUAUAUAUUCAACCACAGAGUCAGUUCAGUGCUACUGACCGUUAUGAAAAUCAAAGUACCAAAGGGCUUUCAAUGAAUGUUCCUAUCAGAACCCUACCCAGCACUGGUACUCAUGGUCCUCAGAAAAUCACUCAGCAAGUGGAAGCUGUCCCCAAAGAAGAGAUCUGGAAGAACAAACUUUCUGUGGAGGAAAUCAGAAUGAUUCCAAGAUUUUCAAAUUAUAAUCCUGGACAACCAAGCAGGGUCUUGUACUUGAAGAACCUUAAUCCAAAAGCUACACUGGAGGAUCUAUUUUCCUUAUUUGUUUCUUUCCAACAAAAGGAUGGUCCUCAGCUGAUUUUCCGGUUAUUGACAGGCCGAAUGAAGGGACAAGCAUUCAUCACCUUCCCAAGUGUGGAGAUGUCAACAGAAGCAUUGAACACAGUGAAUGGCUACAAUCUGUUGGGCAAGCCAAUAAUCAUAGAGUACGGACAGAACAGAUUGGACCACUGACUUGUAUUUGCAGAAGGAGGCUGAUGAAAAGGAGUUUCAGCAUAAUGGGGCUGGUAAACCCUGGGAUGAUAGGCACAGUGAAAUAUUGGAAAGUCUGAAUUUAAUCUGUCCAGCCACUUACAGUGGAUACAUUUUCAACUCUGAACCAAAAUUCAUUACAUUGGUAUAUGGAUAAAACCCUCAUCUGUAUAUAAUGCAUACAGUCUCUUAUUUCUUUAGAAAAUCAUUGUCGUGCUUUCCAGUGUUAAAUGCACCAAGUAAUGUAAAACUGAAUGAGGAAAAACACAAGUUUAUUCCCUAAUACUGUGUGGAGGUUACAUCUAGAGUACUGCAACCUAUUACAUUGUCUUUUUCUAACAAUGAGGAAACAAGUUAGCCGAUGUUGCUAUAACACUUGUUUCUCCGAUGUGAAUUGGCUUGAAGACUAUUAAGUAAUUAUUUAUUUAGACCAUUCUUUACAGAAUGCAAACUUUCCUUACCUGUAUUGGCUAUAAUGCUAUUCUGCCCCCAUUAGUUUAAAUGGUGCCUAUUGUGCGAUUUCCUUAUGUACGAUUGCACGAGAAUGUAACUAUCCUGUUAUACAAGAACCAAUUGUAUUUUGUUUCAGGCUCAUUAUCCAUUACUCAGUGUCUCCUGCAAUGAAGCAUUUCUGUUAAGGCUCCCCACUAUUGAACAAUCUAGUAACAAUAACUUUCUAGAUUCAUAAAUUACAAAUGGCUUCAAUCCAAGGUGCAAGUAGCUGUUGAUAGUCAAAACUCAAUAGCCACUGCUUCAAGAAAGGAGGAGAAUAAAACAGGAGCAGUUUAAGAAUAUAAAGCUAUUUUAACACAUCUUAGUUCACAUAAUAAAUUGUGGUUUAUUUACCCUGCAUUAUAAUCUCAUGCUCGUGCAAGACUAGCAGUAUUAACAAUUUAUAUUUUCAGUUUCUCUAAAUUAACUUGUGCCCAAAUGUACAUAUCUGACAUGGCAUUCUUGUGAAUUGUUUGUGUUCAUAAAUGAGAUCAGGAAAGUAGAAUUGCAACCAAAUGUGAGCUUUCUUACUGAAUUAGAAUACAGUAUUUGGAAUUGCUUGAUUUUAAAUGGUUGAGGUUUGUCAGGCAUUGAGACAGUUAUUUGAAAGGCACCAUUCUGCCAUGAGAACAAAAAUUGAACUGCUUAAAAAUGGUUCUGUCAGUUAUGUGCUUUCUCUUUUGUCAGUCUAGCCAGUGAUCCAAAGAGAUAAGCUGAUUUCCCACAUGAUUCAUGGAUUUUGAUUUUAAAUAGCUAAGGGAUGUGAAAAUAAAUGUUUCAAAAGAAACCAAUUUUAAAAUUCCUACUUCCUUGGAGUUUUGUGUUGUCCACAGACUAACUAGAAUUUAUCUUUAAAACUAAGUAGACAUUGUAGAUAAGGAAAAUUCAUGUCAAUGUUAUUUGGGAUUAAAAUGUUUUUCCAAGUUUCAAA